AUGUCUCUGUGGGGUAGCUCCAAGAACGGGGAACCGCGUGAAGCAGAAGAUGACAGCCACCCACGACCGACGUCGUCUUCGCGCGAGGAGAGGGACUCGACGGAGGAGCCCACAGAACGAACAAGAUUGAUAGCACAACGACGACCACCUCCAGCAGGUGGCUAUCUUGAUCCAGAUGACCCAGCUGUCAGCCCCUACAACCUCUGGAGCGUACGAGCUGUGAGAUUCUUCGAAGUCUUCUUCCUCAUGAUUACUUUCUUGUGGUGGGUGGUACUCUUCAUCUCGAUCUUCGUCAGCCCGCCGGGCAUGCAUUCAAGAGGGUCAGGAUUCUUCGAUGUGUCCUACACAACAUUGACUGUUGGAAAUAUUAUCAUUGCUCUGCUGUUCUUUGCAGUGCCAUCGACGCCGAUGGGUGUGCUGAGCUUUAUCAUCUCCAUCCUCCUUAUCGUCAACAUGAUCAUCAUCCUUGUUGCACCAAGGAUUCGGCUGGAAGAAGGCUGGCCAGGCAUAGCGUCGGUGGUGUGGGCCGCCAUCAUCGGUCUCUACAACAUUCUCGCCAAUCGUACCGUUCGAUGGGGCAAAGCAGAGGAGGAAGCGCGAUUGACCGGGCGGGAGGAGCAGCGCAGAACGCUCAAAGAGUGGUUGGCCGUGCUUCUGGCUACCAUUUUCAUGGUCAUCUUCGCGCUCAUCGCUGUUCUAUUGACCGCAACAGUCUCACUGCGAGCUCGAGAUGCGACGCUGCCAGCUCCAGGUCACCGAUACUUGGUCGACGGAGACAAGUAUCAGGUCCAUGUUGCUUGUGUUGGCAACCAGACUUACGACAAGAAAGGCAAUGCCAACCCAACAGUACUACUCGAGGGUGGCUACAUGCCAGUGGAAGACUCCUUCGAAGAUUGGGUCUAUGAGGCUUACCAGAAUGGCACAAUUGAACGGUACUGCUAUUGGGAUCGACCUGGCCUGGGCUGGUCUGAUAAUGCUCCUUCGCCGCAUUCAGCCAGCAUGUCAGCCGAUGCGCUGUCCGAGGCUCUGGCUAUCGCAGGCGAGGAAGGCCCAUGGGUUCUGGUAUCCGCAGGUAUUGGUGGAAUCUACAGCAGAGUUUUCUCAGCUAGACACCCACGUGCCAUUGCAGGCAUCAUGCUCAUCGAUGCUUUGCACGAGGACCUUCUCUACCAGAUUGGCAACCCUGGGACAGGUUUCCUGCUUUGGGCGCGAGGCUUCAUCUCGCCCCUAGGACUUGACCGCCUUCCGGGCGCACUCUUCAAGGGUCGCUCAAGAGAGGAUCGCGUCUACGGCAAGUCCUCCUACCAAGGUGGCAAAUUCAUCAAGAAUAAGCUACAGGAAAAUCUUGUUGCAGAUGGGUUGACCAAAAAUGAGGUCCUCAGUGCAAGGAACAUUCAACAACCUGAGGUGCCCCUAACUGUUGUGUCUUCGGGAGUUCACAUCAACAAGGACAAGGACUGGAAGCGCAGACAAGAAGAUCUCACCAAGAUCACCGAUAAUCUCGUCGAAUGGCGUAUCGUGAAGAAGGCGCCAGCUGAGGAAGUUUGGCGGACUGAGGAGGGACGUUAUGAGCUUGGUGACGCUCUGAAGAAAUUGAUGAAGGCCAAGUCAAAGUGA